AUGCCCUUUUAUUUUAUUUUAUUUUAGCUUGAUGUGCCCAUUUUAAAUGAAACUAUUUUAUUUCUUCUUAAUCAUAACUUUUUUAUUUCAAACUAUUUAUGCAAAUACAGAAAAGAUAAUACUGAAAGCAAAAGAUAAUGACGGUCUUGCUUGUAGUUUACAAUCCAUUCGAUCCGAAAAUGUAUUAGUGCCACCUUAUUCUGAAAUACAAAACAGCCUCAUACCCAAUACAACUACAUAUUACUACCAAUUAGACAAACUCAGAGAAGGAGUUAAUUACGAAGUUCGAAUUUCAUAUCCUGCUAUUACACCAGCUGAUUUUCGACUAAAGAUUGUUAGUCAAUGCAAAGUCAAUGAGUUAUUAACAUACACGUUGCAAGUAUCAGCCAAAUAUACAGGUGUAUCAAAUAUAAAGGGAAUAGAAUCUCAACCAGUAACAUAUAAUCUUGUCCUUGAAAAGUUAUAUUUUGGGUUUUUAUUUUAUCAAGUAUAUAAAAUUGUAAUUGCUAUUUCAAUUGUCCUUUGUAUUGGUUAUUUCGUAUUUAUACCUUAUCUUAAAAAUUUGAUUAUUAAAACUGUUAAUAAAAACGAAUAAUAUUACAAGUAAACUCAAAACCAGUCAUUUUAGUAGUAACUACCUGUCCAACUUUUGUCAAAUAUGUUAGAAUAUGCCUUUCAUAAUGGCACAAAAAGCUCUUAUUAUUUCUACUAAAAGGCAUGAUAGCAAUCACUUUGGCUUGUGAGUGUUGAGUUACCUAAAAAUAAUGGCAUUCCUAUUUAACCUUCUAUUACUGAAGAGUUUUGUCAUCAUGUUUAUCCAAUUGUUUCUAUCAACAAGCAUAUUAAAGUAAUUAUAGCUUAC